AGUGGAAUCGACUGAGGGCUGUGGCCGAAUCAAUUCAGGGUUGUGGUCGAACUGACCGGGUCAGUGCUGGUCGCCAUAAGAGUGAUAAGCACCAGGCUGUGACAUCACAGAGUGACGCACGUGCUGUUCGUAACCAGGAACAUGCCAGGACACCACGAACAGUCCCAAGCUGCCGGCAUACCCGAGUAUCAGCGAAAGGCAAUGCUGGCAUCACCAGGCCCUCCCCCACGAGCCAGCCAGCUCCAGAGAGAGAUUUUCACCACUGGCACCAAUCGAUGGCCGAACGAAAGGCUCCCCUUCCCAUCCUGCACCGCGCUGGUGUCUGUGGUGCCGCCCUGCUGCUGCUGCUCACACCGCUUGCCACCCGCCCAUCAGAGCCGUGUGGUCCGCGCAUCUCUGCGAGCAGGCAUCACGGGAUACCCAGCACCACGGGCAACAGCAGCAUGGCCACGUCAGUCCGCAAAGUUCUCCUGGCCGUCGACGGCAGCGACAACGCCGAGUACGCCUUCGACUGGUACGUGACCAACAUGCACAAGGACGACAACACCUUGAUUCUACUUCACUGUCCUGAGACAUUCGCCAACGCCACCAUGAUGAGUCCUGGUAAGGUGCAGGAACUGAUGGUAGAAAUGGAAACGAAGAUUAAACAUAUCGAGAACAAGUUCAGCAUCAAGAUGAAGACUCUCGGAAUAAGUGGCAAGUUUGUUCGGCGGGAUGGCGAGAAGCCAGGCCAGACGAUCUGCGAGUGCGCCCUGGAGAUGGGCGCCACCUACAUCGUGACGGGCACGCGCGGGUUGGGCAAGUUCCGGCGCACGGUGAUGGGCAGCGUCAGCGACUACGUCAUCCACCAUGCCCACGUGCCUGUGCUGGUGGUGAGGCACAAGGAGGGCAAGCAGUAGGCGCCACACCUGCUUCCCGGGGCACAGCGGCCAGGUGUGUCCAAACGGAGAACUGGCUUGACACCUCGUGUCGCUGCAGCUGAAUGGUCCGCCUCAGUGUGAGAGACUCUGGACAGGGCUCCUAUCAAAAUGUUUGCGAGUUCAAGAAAACUAUGUGCGUUCGUGUGUUUGUGUGCGUGCGUGCAUGAUGCAGCAAAACAGUGUUAGUAAAUAAACACUGUACCGUCGGCAGAAAAUUGCUUGUCAGCUAUUUGUGUUUUUGUGUUUAUGUAAUAGUUUUAUUAUUAUUAAACACUACAACAUUUA